AUGCAAGCUUAUGUUAAUCGACGUGAUUCAAUCAGCGCAGCACUUGCUGAAUUAAAUAAAUACCCUGUUGGCUCUAAACGCCCAAGUUUACCUCUAGCAUCGUCUUCAGUAUUACAAUCACCUCAUAAACCAACUCGUUUCACUCGCUCAAGUUUCUCCCAACUAGAAAAAAAUUAUGAAUUCCUUUUGAAUGAGAAUGAGUUAUUAAAAUCCCAACUUGCUGAAACCAAAAAGGAAUUGAAUACUUACAAAAAUCCAGGAAGUUCUUCUCUACGCUCAGUUCUUAAGUAUGCGGUCCCUCGUGCUUCACGGACUGAAAUUCCAGAAGCAUCUUCAGAAAAUCAGCCCGAAUCCGAA